GCAGCGUAAACAAACUCAGCCGCCUAACCGGAACUGCACCCCGGCCGCAGCAGCAACUUCCGAGGUCAAAGGUGGCAGCUUCCGGCAGCGAGCCGCUUUCCCUCGCCACUUUCCCCUGUCACUUCAGAUUUUACAAAAUGCAGCCUUGUUCCUGUGACACUUUUGUGGCGUUGCCUCCAGCAACAGUUGGUAACAGGAUUAUUUUUGGAAAAAAUUCAGAUAGACUCUGUGAUGAAGUGCAAGAAGUAAUUUAUUUUCCUUCUGCAGUUCAUAACCUUGGAGAACAUCUUAAGUGUACUUAUAUAGAAAUUGAUCAAGUCCCUGAAACGUAUGCUGUUGUCCUUAGUCGCCCAGCUUGGUUGUGGGGGGCAGAAAUGGGGGCCAAUGAGCAUGGAGUUUGCAUUGGGAAUGAAGCUGUAUGGGGAAGAGAAGCAGUUUGUGAUGAAGAAGCACUACUGGGCAUGGACCUUGUCAGACUUGGCCUUGAGAGAGCUGAUACAGCUGAAAAAGCCCUCAAUGUCAUUGUUGACUUAUUAGAAAAAUAUGGCCAGGGUGGAAAUUGUACAGAGGGUACGAUGGAAUUCAGCUAUCACAACAGUUUCCUGAUAGCUGAUAGGACUGAAGCCUGGAUUCUGGAGACUGCAGGGAGGUACUGGGCAGCAGAAAAAGUGCAAGAAGGAGUUCGUAAUAUUUCUAAUCAACUUUCUAUAACAACCAAAAUUAAUCGGGAGCAUCCAGACAUGAAAAACUAUGCUAAGCAGAAAAGCUGGUGGGAUGGUAAGAAGGAGUUUGAUUUUGCUGCAGUGUACUCUUACCUUGACACAGCCAAGAUGAUGACUUCAUCAAACAGAUACUGUGAAGGCUACAAGCUGCUGAAUAAACACAAAGAGCUGGUGUUCUGGUGUAGUGGGUUAAGCCACCAUCUGCAUUGCUGGCAUCCCAUAUGGGUGCCGGUUCAAGUCCUGGCUGUUCCACUUCUGAUCCAGCUCCCUGAUCAUGUGCCCAGAGAAAGCAGUGGAGAAUGGCCUAAGUGCUUGCUUGGCCCCUGUACCCAUGUGGGAGACCUGGAAGAAGCUCGUGGCUCCUGGCUUCUGAUUGGCACAGCUCUGGCUGUUGAGGCUAUCUGGCAAGUGAACCAGCAGAUAGAAGACCUCUUUCUCUCUGCCUCUUCCUCUCUAUGACUCUACCUUUCAAAAUAAAUAAAUAAUUUUUUUUAAAAAAGAUGUCAUUGAUAAAUCAUCCCUUUAAAAAAUACUCUGUGACAUUACUUAACUUAUAAAAGCAAAUAUAUUCACAUGAUUCAAAAUUCAACAGUUGUGAUGGGCGAAUGGCACUUUGGGACACCACUUGGGAUGUCUACACUUGAGAGGCAGCAGGUGAUGGCUCAAGUCCUCAAUUCCCUGCCAUCCAUGUAAAAGACUCAGAUUGAGUUCAUGACUCCUGGCUUUGACCUGACCCAAUCCUGGCUGUUGCAGGCAUUUGAGAAGUAAACUAGUAGAUGUAAACUAGAGCACUCUGUCUCUGUCCAUUAGCCUCUCAAAUAAAAGAAAAGUUAAAGGUACACAAGAGUAUACAGAGAAAUCUCUGUUUCAUACUCUGACCCUAGAUACUCAGUUCUUUUUCCCAUGGGAUGGACCUAACAGAUAUCUACAGAACUUUUCAUCCUACAGUUGCAGAAUACACAUUCUUCUCAGCAGUGCAUGAAAAUUUCUCUAGGACUGACCACAUACUAGCCCAUAAAGCAAGACUCAGCAAACUUAAAAAAAAUCGAAAUCAUACCAUGCAUCUUCUUGGACCACAAUGAGUGAAGCUGGAAACCAGCAACUCAGGAAUCUCUAGAGCAUAUGCAAACACAUGGAAACUGAACAACAUGCUCCUGAAUGAACAGUGAGUCAUAAAAGAAAUCAAAAGAGAAAUCAGAAACUUUCUGGAAGCAAAGGAAGGUAACAACACAACAUAUCAAACUUAUGGGAUACAGCAAAAGCAGUACUAAGAGGAAAGUUAUAGCAAUAGGCAUCUACAUCAAGAAAUUGGAAAGGUACCAAAUAAAUGAGCCAUCAAUGCAUCUAAAGGAUCUAGAAAACUACAGUAAACUAAACCCAAAACUAGUAGGAGAAGAGAAACAAUUAAAAUUAGAGAAGAAAUCAACAAAAUUGAAUCCUAUAAAACAUUACAAAAGAUCAGCAAAACAAAGAGCUGGUUUUUUGAAAAAAUAAACAAAACUGAUACACAUUGGCCCAACUAACCCCUGGGAAAUCCUGUAUUCUACCAGAGAUGAUAUAUGCCAAAUGAAAUAUAUAUGUAUAUGUUUCUUUUUUUCUUAUAAAAGUAAGAGCAUACCAUUCAUAACUUUCUGCAUAUCACUUUUCUCAGCAAUAUAAUAUAGAUCAUUCUGUCUUCAUCACAUACAGGUCUUUCUGACUUUUUAACAGGUACUCUGUUAUUUUGAUAUCCCCUUUAUCUCUUUGUGGUAGUAUUUUAAUCACUGUAUACUGAAGAUUAUGUGAAUCAAAUUAUAGUAAACCCCUAUCAUUUAGGUUGUUUUCAUUCUUUAAUUAUUGAAAAUUAUACAACACGUUCAUAGUUUAUUUAUCUUCAUAUCCAUGAUUAUUUUCCUAGGAUGAGUUUCUGUAAGAAGAAUAUAGGGUCAAAGUAGGGGUAUUUUUUU